GCGGAAAGUGCAGAGCCAGGUGCGGGUGGGACAGGUAAAGCAGAUACGGGAUUCGUGAGGGUGUGCCUCCUGUGUUUUUUCUCGGCUUUAUAAAGCGAGCUACGACCAAACCGAGCGUGUUGAUCACUUUCAGAGCAUAAGAAUGAAGAAAGAAGAGUCAUCUGAGCGACCCGAUAACACAGCAUUUACUCAACAGCGGCUCCCGGCAUGGCAGCCUAUACUCUCCGCUGGUAUUGUCAUACCCGGCUUUCUCAUCAUCGGCUUGGCCUUCAUAGGCAUUGGAAUCGCCCUCUUUUUGACCUCACAGACCAUCCAAGUACUAGAGAGAGAUUACACAGGCUACGAGCAGGACUCUCCCUGUUUCAGCUGUACGUCUUCAAGUACUAAAAACUGCACCUGUGAAAUCACAUUCUCCCUAGACAAGCCGUUUACGGGUCCAGUUUUCUUCUACUAUGGCCUGACUAAUUAUUUUCAGAGCUUUAGAAAAUAUGGUGUUUCAAAGGACGAUAACCAGCUUUCUGGCGAUACAACUUACUUCAAGAGUCCACAAGAUCAAUGCUUUCCAUAUCAAUACGACUCCAAUAAAAAGCCCAUCGUUCCAUGUGGAGCUUUACCAAAUAGCAUGUUCAACGAUACUUUUGAGCUCUUCCACGUAGUCAAUAAAACAAAGAAGCGCGUGCCACUUGAUGGUAAAGGAAUCUCCUGGUGGACAGAUUACAAUAUAAAGUACAGGAACCCUUCUCCUGUGAACGGCUCCUUGGCAAAUGCUUUUGAAGGUACAGUGAAGCCAAUAAACUGGCCCAAGCCAGCAUAUGAGCUGGACCCCACAGACCCCAACAAUAAUGGUUUCAUGAACCAGGAUUUUCUUGUGUGGAUGAGGAGGGCAGCGUUACCUCAGUUCAGGAAGCUGUAUCGGCGAAUCACAGAGGGCGAUUACGCCGCAGGGCUCCCUGCUGGAGAUUAUUCUGUGACGAUUCAUUACAACUACCCAGUACUGAAUUUUGAUGGACGUAAGAAGGUGGUCUUCAGCAACGUGUCCUGGAUGGGGGGGAAAAACGAGUUCUUGGGCAUUGCUUAUUUAGUGGUUGGAUCCUUGUGUCUGGUCAUGUCUGUGGUUAUGCUCGUUGUUUAUGCCAAAUUCAAAUUUAAAGAAGAUUCGUGAUGAUGUAAUGUAAUGUACCCGUGCUUAGAAAAGAAAAACAGUAACAUAAAAAACAAGGUUAUUUUAGGGACAUACAGGGUCUUCCAAGUAAUGGUUACACGUUAUAUGUGAUAAAACUUAGCUUUUAAAUCAGGAAUUUAUAAAUGAAAACUGUGCAAUGAUAUCAGGAAACCCUGUUCAUGAAUUCUUGUCAUAGAAUCUAACGAUCAAGUUUGGUCAGAGGUCAGGGACAUUCAGACACUGUUACAAAUGUUUCUACGUGCAAUUCUUUCACUGUCUCAGGUUGUAUAAGAUAAAAUACCUGCUUUAACUUGCUCUUUUACUAAAUGUGAUGUUAAAGUUUGUUCUCUUCAUCCGUUGCAGUUUGCUAAGCUAAACCUAAAGCUAGACAGAUACGGAGGAAAUCUUAGUUUUAAAUUUUGUUUACAACGUAAAUAGCUUGCCUUAAAAAUGAAAACAGAUGAUGUUUGAUCUCAGGUGCCAUGUUUAGAUGUCAAAUGUAUAGCUUGGUUAAAGCUUUGUGUGUAUUUAGGUUAAUAUAUUGAGAGCUGAAAUUCAUUGACUUGAAUAUUUGCGGUUUUAUAAUAUUAAAUGAGUGUACAUGUG